AUGGGCUCCAAGGAACUACAGCAGCUGUACAUUGGACUUCGUGUUGAUAGAUUAGUGAUAGUUGCCAUUUCGGCUGAGCCGCCGGGCGUUAAUGAAUUGUGUCCCAAAGGAGUCUUUCACAGUAUGACGUCCGAGUCAUCAUUCAGCAGCUCUUCAGAACACACGGGGGAUCCUAUAUCCUGUGAAGAGAAUGACAAUGAAAUGGACGAACGAAAAUUUCUUAAGAAUUGGACAUAUUGCAUCCGUUCGGAUUUUGCUUCAUUGUCUGGUGUGCCGGCCACUUGGGAGAACGGCCAUCCAAAACACUGGGGUCAGGAAGAAGCGAAGAUCUUUCUCGACGGGGAGGCGACCACCCCUGCCAUAAGUCCAGAUAAUCAGAUAGUUGCAAUAGGAAUUGCAAAUCAAAUUCACUUAUUCCGUGUGAACACCAAGGAGCGAGUCGAUGUGUUACAUGGACAUCCUGGGGAGGUAGUUACUGUCGCCUUUGCACCCAGCCUAGGUAAGGACUCGAUCGACAAGCCGGAUGCCCCACGUUAUUUGUUAUCAUCACAGAGUGAAGAAGAAGGUGGAGGAAACGGGUACAUUAUAGUAUGGGAGCUUGAUCAGUAUGGCAUGAAAAUGCCUUCCUCGAAAGAGGAACAAGAACAACAAAUUGCUGCUGCAGACCAUCAGAACACCGACUUCAUGCACUGUUUCCCCGGCGAAUUGGGCUCAUUCGGGGGGGCAGUCUUCAGUCCUGAUGGUAAAACGAUGAUAUAUAUUGUCCAAAACGUUACGAUUGAUGAUUAUACUGGUGAUUGCUGUUACUCCCCCUGUGUCAUUCUCUGGGAUAUCAGUAUCAGUCCAGAUAGCUCUCUUGCUGCUUCUAUAUCGUGGGAUGGCACCGCGCGGAUCUGGGAUAUUCUCUCCGGCAAAUCCCUUCAUAUUAUUGGACCCUUGGACGGCCAACUUUGGUGCGGUGCCUUCUCCCCAGAUUCUAAAUAUUUGGCUAUCAGCCAGGGAGGUCGCGACCUUAUUCAUAUUUACAAUAUCCCCACGGCACAGCCAGUCUCGUGUAUCAAAUUACCUACAUGGUCGCGCUCCAUGGUCUGGAGUCCGGAUGGGAGAUUUUUGGCUGGUGGGCUUCAGAUCGGUGCACUUUGCCUGUGGGACCCUUACACAGGAAUAGAGAAACAGAGAUGGUCUCUGCAUUUCGAUGAUUUUAUGAUGCAGGAAUACGCAACUAUUGGAGGCGUACAGUUUAUCGGCGACAAGUUGAUCUUCCGGAUACUUGAGGGAACGGUUGAGAUAUAUAAUCUGGCUACGAAUCUCAAGCAGCAGUUUACACGGGGACCAGACGCUAAGAUCAGCAGGUGUCCACGCGGGGAAAUGCUGCUUAUUAUCCCAGAUUCUAACGGAACCUUACGUUUCUGGAGACUAUAAGUGAUAGACAAGUACGAAAGCC